UACUGGCAACACCGGCCGGGUGACUUGUCAAAAAUCAGCUGUAUAAUUAAAAAUUGAAUUAAAAUAGAAUAAUUAGCUAAAUCGCCCUAAAAAGUUGAUAAUUUAAUAGUAAUAGUCGUAAAUAUAGUGUACAAAUGUUUGUGACGUUAUUGCAAAAGGAUAACUCGUAAAAAUCUACACAACACGGAGGCGGUCAGCUGUCAACCGCUCAGUUCAAAUUAAUCGGAUUUUAACGGGAAGUAUCUCUCUAUUAUAACUGUAACACGCUUUAUUAUACUAAUUCUCUGGCAGUAGAUUAUGUUAUUUACUUUAAAAGUGAGAAUAACGAAAAAAAAAAAAAAAUUAAUAUCAAUUUUGUAACCUACCUUAUCUUAGAAAAUUAAAAAUUAAAAUCAAAUAAAACUAAAGAAGUCCCAAUACAUUCUUGAUUUUCAUAUAAGUUACAUGUUCCUUUAACAGUAACUUCUGUUACAUUACACAUUAAAGGCAAAUUAUAGAUAAUUUAUGUUAACAAAAUCUAUACUUAGCUACAUUUCAAUUUUGUACUUAAUUUUCUAUUAAUUAAAUCAAACUGUUCUAUGCUAUAUAAUCUUGAAACUACUAAAUUCAUAUUUUAAAUAAUCCAACACCUAAACCUAUUACCUAAAACUAUUCUUUUCUGUCUUUCUCAUCUUGUUUACUCCACGCUUUCAGUAAAUACCUGACACCAUGUUCGUUAUGACAAGGAAGGCCACUGCCAAAGACAUGGAGGUGAAACUGAAGUUAGCCCUGGAAAAGCUCAAAACAUCCGAAGAGCUCUGUCAACAACUGUUAAGGGAACGUGAUGACAGCGAGGAAGAAAUUCAGAAAAUAAUUAGUAAAAACUCUGAAUUGAAGUCUCAACUUGCAGAAUUACACAUCCAAUAUAUGGAUGUGCUGGAUCAGCGGGAUAGGUUACAGGAUUUUGUAGGUUCUUUUAGUGAAUGUAGUGAUGCUCAUGAGAGGGCUUUGAGUCGCAUUAAGGUACUGGAGACAAGCUUAAAUGAUGCUCACAAGUCAAUAAUAUGCUUCAAGCAAACCCAACAACAACAGGAAAGUGAUGACACUCACCGCCUUUUCAAUAAACGCAGAUGGCAGCUCUGAAGUGGAACAAAAGUGCUUUAUUUUAUUUUGUAU